AUGAUGCGACUGUCAGAUUGGACUUCUGUUGUCCUUUUUGUCUGUUUUCACAUUAUAUCAUCUUCUCACGUCCCAUCAGCAGACACCCUACCCUUCAACAUCAGCAAAUCGACUCCGGAAGGCGACCCCAACUACAUUGCUCCUAUAUUCCCGAUCCUUCCCUUCCGCAAAUACCACCACAAUCCCGUCUUGACCCCCAACCCUGCCCAUGAUUGGGAGUCGGCUUACGUCUACAAUCCCGCGGCGAUCGUGCUGAAUGAAACCAUCUUUCUACUCUACCGGGCUCAGAACGCCAGCAAGACGUCUUCAAUAGGCCUCGCCUGGUCUGUGGACGGCUACAACUUCACUCGCCUGAACGAGCCAGUCCUGUACGCCACCUUGCCAUGGGAAGCUGGUGGUGGAACAGAGGACCCUCGCAUCGUCCGCGUCAACGGGACCUUCUACCUGACUUAUACGGCGUAUGACUUGAACGUGCCCCGUCUCUGCAUAGCCACGAGCGAUGAUCUGCUGCACUGGACCAAGGUUCCACCUCUAUUCCAAGGGAGCGACAAUGUGCAUGUCGCGGACAACGGGACUCGUGUGUCGAGAUUCGAUCAUACGAAAAGCGGUGCCAUAAUCACCGAACAGACUUCUGACGGGUUAUAUCAUAUGUAUUUUGGCGACAGCGUCUUCUACCACAGCACAUCGUCGGACUUGGUCAAUUGGAGCACAUCGUCCGAGCCGUUUGCUACACCCAUGAAUCCGUGGGAGAACGGACUGAUCGAGCCUGGUCCCGCGCCGAUCAAGACUCGCGACGGACGUUGGUUGCUGAUCUACAACGGCAUGACCACCGGCGAGGCUGGCUACCGGCCAACACAGUACUCGGUGGGCCAGAUGCUACUUGACCCGUCCGCGUCGUUGCGACCCGCACACAACAAUGACAAUGACAAUGACAACCAGAAUCAUGCGCGAAAGCAUUUCCGCCAUCCUGAUCCAGAAGAUCAGUCGGUACUUUUUGCACCCCAUUCUAAUCAUCGUCGACCAGCCACGGAUCGACCGCUUGCUCGCCUCGAGACGCCGUUCAUGGUGCCUAGCACGCCGGAAGAGGAAUCCGGACAAGUCGACCUGGUUGUUUUCGCUGAAGGCCUCGUACAAUUCAGGGGCAAGUGGUUCCUAUACUACGGCCAAGCGGACAAGACGAUUGGAGUUGCAGUUGCGGAUGUGCAGCAAUGA